UUCUGCAUUGUGUCGUGCUCCCAAGAUGGCGCCGCAGUCCGCCCAGUCGGCGCUAGGGGGUGUCACGUGGCCAGGGUCACGUGGGGCCACGGGACGCCUUGCGAGCCUCCGCGGAAUUCCGCGAGUCGCCCGAUUGCCAGGCAAAGAGCAGCCAUUUUGGUACGUUAACAUGGCGUCGCCGCCGCAGAUUAAUAUGGCGUCCUCGGACAUUAUAACCGAAGUGGAGAUACAACCGGACAUUCAGGAGGUCGAAAUAGAGACGAUACCGGUGGAGAUACCGUGCGAGACCGUGGAGACAACGAUCGAGGGCGAGGACGCGCAGCCUAUGAUAGCGCUGCAGCCACUGCCGGAGCCGGGCCGCGAGGAAAUCAUACUACAGACACAGGAAGAGAUCGUAGGUGCGGAUCCGUUGAACGUGUACGAUCAAAUCCCAGUGCCGGAGGCCGACAUUUAUGUCGAGUCCAGUCCCGGACCGUCGCGUAAGGCCACCAAGAAGGCACGCAAGAGCGGCGGCACACGAUUCCGUGCGUCUGACCACAUCUUCACCGAGAUGGCCCCCGAGACCAAGGCGAGAAAGUGGGAGCAGAAGCAGGUGCAGAUUAAGACGCUCGAGGGCGAGUUCUCGGUAACCAUGUGGGCGUCCGGAACGGACGACGGUAGCGUCCUAUUAGCGCCUGACCUGGCUGUGGAUGUUCCAGAUGAGGGCUCGAAUCCCGAGCCUGAUCCGGAUUAUACGGAGUACAUGGGGGGCAAGACCAGCGCCAAAUUUAAUUCGGGAAGCUCGGUGUCAGACGGGAUGCCAGGCUUGGAUCUCUCGGAUCCGAAACAGCUGGCAGAGUUCGCGCGACCCGGCCACAAGUUGAAGGUGCGCAAACCGCCCGUGUUAGAUGGUGCGGAGCGGACGAUCGCCUGUCCACACAAAGGAUGUACGAAGAUGUUUCGAGACAACAGCGCAAUGCGCAAGCAUCUGCAUACGCACGGACCCCGAGUACACGUCUGCGCGGAGUGCGGCAAGGCUUUUGUUGAAAGCUCGAAACUGAAGCGGCACCAGCUUGUACACACAGGAGAGAAACCGUUCCAGUGUACGUUUGAGGGAUGCGGCAAGAGGUUCAGUUUGGACUUCAAUCUACGCACUCACGUAAGAAUCCACACCGGUGAUCGGCCAUAUGUCUGCCCGUUCGACGGAUGUAGCAAAAAGUUCGCACAAUCGACGAACCUCAAGUCGCACAUAUUGACUCACGCAAAAGCCAAGUCGCGGAAUGCAAUGAGACAAGUACAACAAAUUCAACUUCAACAGCCUCAGUUUGUCCAGGUUGAAGUUGCAGAUGUGGACAAUCAACAGUUCAUUGUCUACGCUGAUUAGCCCCCCUACAUUGAUCUCGUGCAUUCUUCGCUGCUGAACAUUAUUACUGAAGUAUCGUAAUCAUUAAUUAUUAAUCUAAACAGUGUAAAUAUUUUCACGGCGCGUACAAGCGAUGUCAUUACAGGUGACACAGGCGGUUAAUAGCUGUCUUUUAAGAGGAUUAAUGCAAGUGUUGUUUAAGCGAAUAAUACCUCUGUGCUUAGAUGCGAAUAAUUUGAUAAAUAUCUGGAGCACUAUAUUACCGCAAAAUGAGAGGGCAAAUAAAGUUAAGUUACACUACUUAAAAAGGAAAAAAAGAAAAAAAAAGUAAAAAUAUUAUGUACCUUUCUAAGCUAGACUGUGUCGCGCACUGCUCAAUCUCUUGUUCUUUACACAAGCGAAAUCGAGUGCGCUGGCAUAACACACAUACACAUAUACACACACACUCGACUGUAUAUAUAUAUAUAAAUAUAUAUAAGUACAAUUAAAAUAUUGUAUACAGUAUAUUUUGGAGAAAUUCAGAGAAUGAGAAUAAACCACAAAGAUGCAUCUUUU